AGUAACAUAAGUUGUCGGUGUUAAAGCCAGGCAAUCGUAUGCUGCUAAAUAACAUUGCUUGCCGAUGUUAAAGCCAGAGCAACACAAAAAGAAAAUAAACAAAUUGCAGCACAUAAAAAAUUACUUAAAAGAUUGAAUAAAAACUCGUGACAAAAAAAUAUUCACAAUGUCUUCGCAUGAAAUAAAACUGGAGGUGUGUGUCGACUCAAUCAAAUCAGCAUUUGCUGCCGAGGAAGGCGGCGCAUCUCGCAUUGAACUCUGCUCAGCGCUGCAAGAAGGCGGCUUAACGCCCACAGCUGGAACGCUUAAAACUCUCAAGGAAUUGCCCUUCACUUUGCCCGUCUACUGCAUGUUGCGGCCACGUCGAGGCACCGACUUCGUCUACAGCGAGGAAGAGCUACAGGCGACGUUGACAGACAUGGAUUUGUUGCGUGCUCAUGGAGCCGAUGGCUUCGUUUUUGGAGCUCUGACCACCGAACGUCUUAUUGAUGUGGACAAGUGUCGGCGGGUAAUGGAACGUUCCUGUGGCCUGCCCGUCACCUUUCAUCGCGCCUUCGAUCUCACCGAUCCCAAAAGCAUGCAUGAGAACGUCGAGCUGCUGAAAGAGUUGGGCUUUAAACGACUGCUCUCCAGCGGCUUUCGACAGUCCGCCGCUGAAGGUGCUGAGACAUUGGCUCAGCUGAUCGCCAAGCAUCAUCGCGAUAUCAUAAUAAUGCCUGGUGCCGGCAUCAAAGUAUCCAAUUUGGAAGAGAUUCUGACUAACAGCCGGUGCCUGGAGUUUCAUGCCUCGGCUAUGGACACCGCAGGCGAGGAAUACAGUGCGCCGACGACACAGCGCAUGGAAUGCGAUGUCACCAUGGGCAAACAGGACAUUGAUCCAUACUAUGGGACAAAUGUUAAUGUGGUGCGCAAAAUGGUCACUAUCGCCAAUGCGAUGAGCUGCAGAUAAAUUUUAAAAUUAAAGCUAAGAAUAUUUAAGUAGUAUUUUUAUGCCAUGCAUAUGUAAUGUAUUCAUAGUAGAUGUGUUCGUAGAAAUUGUCCAUUGAUAGUCGAUUUUACUUAGUUCAUUGCUUUAUAUGUUUGAUUGAAAAAUUUCCACAAAAAAAAAAAUUAUUUGGUAAAAAUUAUAAAUUAUAACGUUAUAGUUAAAAGCAAAAAUAAAAAAAAAGUAUGCAGACCAGUAUUGAGGAGGUGCGUUUGGAAAAUUUAAAUCAAGAGCUGAAGAGUAUGGAGAAAAUGUUGCAGAAAGCCGAUGAAUACAACGAUACUCUAUCUAAGCAUAUUAAUAAACUGAGAGCCAUUGUGAGCUCCAAUCAAAAAGUGUUUCAAAAAUUUAAGAUUAAUGAGGAGUGCAUGAAAGAAAUCCUAAAUGACGAUAAUCACAAGGAAAUACUUUAUGACCAGCUAAUUCAGAAGAUUGGAAGUAUAGAAAAUAAGCUUUUCGUUACCGUGAACUUGUUCAACGAGUAUAAACGUAGAGUCCAGGAUAAGAGUUGUGUGCGAGAUGACAUCGUGGAAUCGAAAUUAUGCAAUCAGCUCAAUGCGCUUGGUACAAAUCUAAUUUCAGUUGGCAAUCAAAUAACAGAACUACGCGAGGAGAAAAUGGCCAAGGACUGUGAGACAGCAAAUAAUCUGCAUCAUGGGUCGUGCAGUGUGCCCAGCCAAGCAAAUAAUCUGUGUUGGACGCAGUGCAAUACCCAGGUGGAGAAUAAUGUGUUGCAAUUUACAGUUCUGCGAAGCAACAAAGAGACGCCCAUACGUCAAAUACGAUGUCAAAAGAAGAUAAUAGAAAGGGUUGAAACUAUUUUAAACAAGGCUCAACAUUCGAAUAUAAGAACUGAGACACUGACAAGUGUUAAACUAUUGGCGAAAAUGGUAUUAGGCGUAUUGGUCAAGCGAAACCAUAAGCAGUGCUUCUUGAAUGAUAUGGACAAUAAUUCAUUAAGCUCAACUAUUGCAGAAAACCAGAGCUGCAACCCAUAUCUUUAAGAAUUUUGUGAACAGCACAUCAAUAAAUUGUUUGCCAAAUAAAAAUACAACUUUGAAAGACGAAUAACGAAUAAAAGUGUUGAAAAACACCCACCUGCUGCGCUUUUGUUAUGUGAAAGGACACACACAUGCAUGUGUGCAAAGUGCAUUUCAAAAAGAUGGCAACGCUGCGUUGCUGUCAUAAAUUUCGCUGAGAUGUUGGGAUAUAUCGUAAUGCGCAGCCGCAAGCGAAAAAAUUGAUUAGUUGUAAAGCACACGACGAGUCUAUACAGACAUUUUGACAGCUUUGUGAUAUAUCAAUUUACAACAAUUGUAACAAUAAUAUAAAUAGUAGAAAAUCAACUCUAAUGCCGUAGACUUUUUUCUCUAUGAGCUAACGGUUGUCGAUGUCAACCGUUACAGCAAACAUAUGGAAGCAUACGGCAACGUUAUGGACAUGGACGAUGGGCUCAGCAACGCUAGCAACAGCAACGCCAGCCACAACAAUGGUGUCAAUGUCAGCCAAUACGAAUUUACGCUCGGCGAGCAUAUGGACAGCUAUAAUGUUGAGACAUCGGCUGUGCACCGCAAGCUGCAGAGCAAAGUGGAGGCGUUGCGCAUUCUGCGACAGGAGCUGGAACAGUUUCGUGUGGAGCGCGAUCAGUACAAAUUAAUGGCCGAGACGCUGCAGCUGCGCUACUCGGCCAUGAAGCGCAACAGCGAAUUGCUGGCUGUGAAUGGCAA